UCAAAACCAACAUAUCUAAACAAACCAUGGCUUCCUCCUCCACUCACUUCUUUCUUUUAAGCUUGGUUUUCUUGAUGAUCUCCUUCAUUCAACUAUCCUUACAUCAGCAACUCUGUCAUAAGGAUGAGUAUCUUGCUCUAAUGCAAUUCAAAGACAGCUUUGUCAUUGAAAGGCAAGCAUCUACUUGUCCUAAAGUCGGUCUUUGGAAAUCUCAAGGGGUUGAUUGCUGCUCAUGGGAGGGCAUAUGGUGUGACCAGAACACUUCUCAUGUCAUAGGCCUUGAUCUUAGUGGUAGUUGUCUUUCUGGUUCUAUUAAUUCCAACAGCAGCCUCUUUCGCCUUGGACACCUUCAAUACCUCAACCUUGCAUGUAAUGACUUCAAUUUCUCUAAGAUACCAUCUGCAAUGGGCAAUCUUUCCAGGUUAACUUAUCUCAACCUCUCUGGUUCUUUCUUUUCUGGUCAAAUUCCGCAUGAAUUUUCAAAACUUUCCAAUUUAGCUAAGCUUGACCUUUCUUUCAAUGUUGAUUAUUCACAUCAAGGGUUGUUGGAACUCAAAAGGCUUGAUUUGAAUAGCCUAGCUCAAAACUUAACCAAGCUAGAAUGGCUUGACCUCACUUUUGUUGGUAUAAAUUCUCCAAUACCUAAGGCCUUGGCAAAUAUGUCAUCAUUGACAUAUCUCUAUUUUGGUCAAUGUGGAUUGCUUGGAAAGUUUCCCACAGACAUUUUUCAACUACCUAAACUUCAAGUCCUUGAUUUGGAUAACAAUUGGGAACUUAGUGGUAGUUUUCCUGAAUUUCACUCUUAUAGUCAGCUUAGGGUACUUGAUGUUAGAAACACAACCUUUUUUGGUGAGUUACCUAUCUCAAUAGGAAUGGUUAGCUCUUUGGAAUAUUUAGAUGUUAGUAGUUGUAACCUCUCAGGUUGGGUACCACCUUCAAUUGGUAAUCUCACCAAGCUCCAUGUAUUGAGCCUCCCAAAUAAUUCUUUCAGGGGAGAAAACGCUCCUUUCUUCUCAAACCUCACUCAUCUAACUCAAAUAAAUCUUAGAUUAAAUCAAUUCACUUUUAGUGAGGUCCCUUCUUCUUUGGCUAGCUUGACCCAUCUCAUGAAGAUAGACCUUUCUUAUAAUCAUAUUUCUGGCCAUUUUCCAUCUUGGAUUACAAACCUAACAGAUUUAAGACAAUUGAAUCUCGGGUCUAAUAUGUUACAGGGAUCUCUUCCAAGCUCAAUUUCUAGACUCAAGAACCUUGAAACACUCUUUGUUUACUUCAAUAACUUAAGUGGUAUUGUUGAGUUUGACACAUUUCUUGAACUUAAAUCCCUUAAAUCAUUGGAAUUAGGCUUUAAUAAUUUCUCAUUAGUAAUCAAAACUCCCACCAAUAGAACAAUUCCAAAGUUUAAAGUAUUGGGUCUUGCUUCUUGUAAUCUAAGAGAGUUUCCAGACUUUUUGCAUAAUCAGAGUGAAUUGAAUGUCCUCAGCCUUGUCUCCAACAACAUCCAUGGCCAGAUACCUAGUUGGAUAUUGAAUUUGAGUGCAAGUUUGUGGGUUUUAGAUCUUUCUUACAACAAUUUCACAAGUUUUGAAGAAUCCUCUCUUGUUUUUCCCUCUACUAGUCUUUGGUAUCUAGACCUUAGUUUUAACUUUCUCCAAGGUUCUCUACCAAUCCCACCACUCUCCAUCCUUUUCUACUUAGUUUCCGGGAAUAUAUUCAGUGGAGAAAUUCCACCUCAAUUCUGCAACAUGACUUCUCUUCAAGUGCUGGAUUUGUCUCACAAUAAUUUGAGUGGAACGAUGCUGCAAUGUUUUGGCAACCUCAGCUCCAUGUUGGUUUUAAACUUGGAAGGAAACAACCUCCAUGGUCCUAUUCCUAAAACAUGGGAAACUGGAAACAAACUCAAAGCAAUUAAAAUGGGACAGAAUAAUUUGCAUGGAAGGUUACCAAGAUCACUAGGCAACUGCAAAAUGUUGGAGUUUCUUGAUUUUGGAAAAAACAAGAUCAAAGAUACUUUCCCUUCCUGGUUGGGAGCUCUUCCUGAAUUGAGAAUUCUCAUUUUGCGUUCAAAUAGGUUCUAUGGCACAAUUUCAAUCAGAGUACCAGAGACAAAUUUCUUGUUUCCUAAGCUCCGCAUCAUUGACCUCUCAAACAAUGGAUUUGUUGGCACUUUGCCAAUAGACUUCUUUGCAAGAUGGAAUGCCAUGGCUAAUCUUGAUGGGGAGAACGCAACAUAUUUGCAAGCAUAUAAGCACUAUAUAAUGGUGAACCUUCUCGUCGUUCCUUUUCAAUUUCCUUACUCAAUGAUAAUAACAAACAAAGGAGAGAAAAUGGAAUAUGCAAAGAUCUUGGAGGUUUUUAGGGCUGUGGAUCUUUCUUGCAACAAAUUUGAUGGAGAAAUUCCAGAAGUAGUUGGGAACUUAAAGGGACUUCAAUUGCUCAAUCUUUCCAAUAACAUCCUUGUUGGUCCAAUCCCAACAACCUUGGGAUAUCUUGCAAAUCUUGAAGCACUUGACCUUUCUCAAAACAAUCUCACAGGAAGAAUUCCUACACAGCUGACACGACUCAAUUUUCUUGAAGUCUUGAAUAUGUCUUACAACCAUUUGACAGGUCCUAUCCCAAAAGGCCAACAGUUUGAUACAUUUGAAAACAGCUCUUUUGAUGGAAAUUCAAGACUGUGUGGAAUGCCAUUGUCAAGGAAAUGUGACUACUAUAACUCCGAGAAUUUGCCUCCACCAUCUUCAAUCUCCAAAGGAAAUGAAGACUUUGGAUUGUUAGCUGAAUCUGACUGGAAAUUAGUGCUGCUAGGUUAUGGAUGUGGAUUACUCAUUGGUGCUGUCAUUGGAAACAUUGUUUUUACAAGAAAACGUGAAUGGUUUAUGAAGAAAUUCCGAAAUCAGGUAUACAAGGGAAAGGAGGGAGCGUGAAAAGAUUGAAUAGGAGCAAGGAGUGAAAUGAUAUCAUUUCAUUGUAUAUUAUUUUUCCCUUCUUUUUUCUGUUUGUGAUUAUAAGUCAAGUUCAGUGCAAGUCCGUGUAUUGUACAUAUGGAGUGGAAUUUUAAUCCUCUUGAAUAUGUACUUAUCUUGCCUACUUCAGCAGCUGAUAUGGAAUAUUAAUAAUUUCCUUUUAGUAAAUUCUUUGCUUUCCU